AUGGCCUCCCAAACCACUGGAAUCAUGCAAUUGUUGGCCGCCGAGAAAAGAGCGGCCGAAAAGAUCAACGAGGCCCGCAAACGGAAGGCCCAGAGACUGAAGCAGGCCAAGCAGGAGGCCCAGGCUGAGGUCGAGAAGUAUCGUCAGGUAUGGAUCUAGCAUCUUUGACUCUUAGUUUUGGAUUUUUAUAUUAAUUUAGAACAUCUAAAUUUGUUGUCGAUUAAAAAUAUCUUGAUCUUGGAUAAUUGUAGCUCAUGAUCGAAACGAUUAUUUUUAGGAGCGUGAACGUCAGUUCAAGGAAUACGAACAGCAAUAUUUGGGCACCAAGGAGGACAUCGAGGCCGGCAUUCGCAAAGAGACCGAGACCACCCUGGAACAGAUGAACCAGACCGUGGCGGCCAACAAACAACAAGUGAUCGUCCGUCUUCUCCAAUUGGUUUGUGACAUCCGCCCCGAACUCCAUCACAAUCUUCAGCUCCAGAAGAAGUUGGAGCUCAACAACAACUAA